GAAUUUGUUUGUAAAAAAUAAAUUAUGUUUGAUAAACCCUAUUUCGUGUUUAAGUACUCUCUUUUAAAAUAUAUAGAAUGCUAAAGUAUUCAUUUAAUAGUGGAACUUAAUUUUAUUAACCAAUUGAAUUUGAAAUAAAAGGUAAGACUUUGACCGAUAUUAUUACUUUAAGUUCAAAGCAAACCAGGGAACAUAAAAUUAAAUAUUUUGGAACAUGUUAACUUAAGAUUCCAAUAGAAUCGAUAUUCAUAUAUUCAUUGCAUGCAUUUACAGGUCCAUUCAAUAUUUUAUAAUAUUUUGCUGUUGCAAUAUGGUUUGCAGAGAAAACAGUACUUCAACCAGUUCUGAUCUUGAUUUUCACAGUUUUAACAGUCUAUUUGAAUUACUUUUUGUAUGUUAGAUCAAGAAGAAGAUUAUAAUAAUUGGCUAAUAUACAUUAAGAAGUGUCAAUUAAAGAAAAUGAUUAAAUUAAACUUAUAAAUGGAGCUGAUCUUGUACCUGGUGAUUUACUCAUUCUUAAAGAUAAUCAAACAUUAAAUUGUGAUUGUGCCAUCAUUUAAGGUGAUGUUAUUGUUAAUGAAGCUACAUUAACUGGUGAAGGCAUUCCUAUUCCUAAAACAGCAUUACCUAAUCAAAACUCUACAUUUGAACUUGAAAAAAUGACUUAACAUUGUUUAUUUGAAGGAACUAAAUUAAUAUAAGUCAACAAUGCCUAAUAAAAUAUUGCCAUUGUACUUAGAACUGGUUUUACAUCUCUUAGAGGUUAAUAUUUUAGAAAUGUACUAUUUCCCGAACCUCCUUCAAUGAGAUUUUAUAUUUAAGCNGA